AAUCAAUACAAUAUAUAUUUAUAUUUUUUUACUCUAUGUGAGAUAAUGAGCUUAUUUUUAAGAAAAUACGUGUUGUUUUGGGUCUUGUACAAGGUGAGGGAGGUUCAGUUUCAAGUCUGGUCACUAAGCUUUCUUUCCUCUUUGGCUUGCACACACUCGAUCACUCGCGCGCGCGCGUGCACGCAGCCACACGCACGCGAAGGCGCAUGCAGAGACACUUGUCCACACCUGUCCAUCGGUACGGAUCACUGCCUCUUCCCCUACCGUAGGAAACGGUCAGUGGAAUUAGCCGUGAUGUGCUCGUGCGUGGUAAGCCACGGGAGCCGGGAGCGCGCGCGGAUUGUCCCCCAUCUCAGCGCCUCACCAGGCUGCGCAUUUCACGCGUCUAGAUGUAUUAAUCUCAACCGCGAAGCCCUGAUCCUCCACGAGCACCGCGACAGGGAUGAAACGGAAAAGAGCGUAUGCCUGUCACCACAGAUAUGAGUGAGUCAUUGUCCUGUCACUCAGUGAAGCUUGUGUCAUUGGCCCGGUCGCUGUCCGAGCUCGGGGCGGAUGCCGCCAACGGAAUCCCUAUCACCCCCCCUGAAAACGAGGAGCCUCCUCUUCCGGAGUCUGGCAUCGAUCUAGGCCCCGGGCUUUUUUUUGAUGAUGGCAAGAGAAAAGUGGACUACGUCCUUUGCUACAAAAAAAGGCGCGCAUCCAGAGCCCGGCUCUCCAUCACAUCCAACGGGAGUAUACCAUUACCUGUGUUGGCCCGAUUGGAAACGGAGGUAGAGUCUGGUGAUGCAGGUGCACCUGCAGGAGAUUUGGAGGAGUCAAAGCUCUCAGAGGAGGAGAAGGCUGUAAUGAGGGAGGAGUUUGAGGCGGGUUUACUGGAUGCUGGACUACAGCAACAGCGCGAUAAAGAGAGGGCAAAUGGCCUAGGGUUUAUUCGGCUGCAUAUCCCAUGGCCGAUACUCAGCCGAGAAGCCGAACUUCAGAAGAUCAAAGUUCCUGUGAAAAAGAAGUGUGAGCUGCGAAAGCGAAUGGGCAUUGCUGGACUAUGGGAUUCUAUAAUGAGAAAAGUCAACACACCGUUUCAACCAGAUGUCCCCGACUUUGACACCCACAGAGACUCGCAGACACGAGUCCACUUCAAAACGCUCAAACACCCUUUUAUCAGGGACAAGCUCCACCUGUACGACAUCAAGUCAACAGAUACUUUAUUCGAUAAUGCAACGCGCAGUCGAAUAGUCGCUGAGAUCAUUUCACGUGUUACCUGCAGGCAAACCUGCCAAACCACCGGAAUCCACUCAUUAUUGGCUCGGGGUGUCUACGACUCUGCCUUCCCUGUGCAUGAUGGGUCAUUUACAAGGAGAGGACGUAAGGAUCAACGAAAUGACAGACAGAUCCUUCAUGAAGAGUGGGCUAACUAUGGAGUCAUGCAUAAAUACCAGCCUGUGGACCUCAUAAGGAAGUACUUUGGAGAGCAGAUUGGGUUGUAUUUUGCCUGGCUGGGUGUUUACACUCAGCUCCUCAUCCCUCCCUCUGUCCUGGGCAUUAUUGUCUUCCUGUACGGCAUAUUCACUGUGGAUGCCAAUGUGCCAAGCCAGGAGACAUGUGAUGACAACCUAAACAUCACCAUGUGUCCACUGUGUGACGGAGUGUGUGACUACUGGCACCUGAGUACAGUGUGUUCACUGGCCCGAGCAUCGUACCUCUUCGACAACGGAGUCACGGUCCUCUUCGCAAUUUUCAUGUCUCUUUGGGCUGCCUGUUUCCUUGAGCACUGGAAAAGGCGACAGAUGUGUCUCAAACACAUGUGGGACCUGACGAGUCUGGAGGAUGAGGAGGAGGAGCUGAGGCCUGAAUAUGAAGAAGUUCUACAGGAGAAAAAAGCCAAAAUGAAAGCACAGUCCAAGAAGAAGCUGGCUCAGGCUGAGGAUGGUGUGGAUCGUGAAACAGACCAGAUGCUGGCCUCGCAGCGAGAACCAGAGUCCCUGGACAUUGAGGAUCAUCUGUCCGGUUAUCUCAUCAAUGUGUCCACCUUACUGCUCCUGAUCUUCGUCACCUUCUCGGCAGUGGUUGGGGUGGCAGUUUAUCGCAUCUGCAUGUUGAGCGUUUGGUCCAUGAACCCCGAUCCCGAAGCCAAGGCCAGCGUGAGGAUGACCGUCACCACCACAGGCAUCAUCCUGAACAUGCUGGUGGUUCUGGUGUUGGAGGAGGUCUAUGGUGCGAUUGCUGUGUGGCUGACGGAACUGGAACUUCCAAAGACAAAGGAAGAGUUUGAAGAGAAGCUGAUCUUUAAGUCUUUCUUCCUCAAGUCCAUGAACGCCUUUGCACCUAUUUUCUAUGUGGCCUUCUUCAAGGGCAGGUUUGGUGGGCGGCCUGGCGAUUAUGUUUAUGUCUUUGGAGACUAUCGCAUGGAGGAGUGCGCUCCGCCAGGCUGCCUCAUCGAGUUGUGCAUCCAGCUCAGCAUGAUCAUGCUCGGAAAGCAGCUCAUCCAAAACAAUGUGUUUGAGGUUCUCAUACCUAAACUCAAAAAGAUGUACAGAACAAUACAGGAAGAAAAAGUUAAGAAAAGAGCAGCAGAGAAUGAAGAGAAUGCCACAGGAGAGAAGAGACCAAGGCAACAAUUUGACAAAGAUUACGCUCUUGAACCCUAUGAAGGCGUGACCCCAGAGUACAUGGAAAUGAUAAUCCAGUAUGGGUUUGUGUCUCUCUUCGUGGCCUCCUUCCCGCUGGCGCCAGCGUUCGCUCUGCUCAACAAUGUCAUUGAGAUACGCCUUGAUGCUGCAAAGUUUGUGACUGAGAUCCGACGGCCUGAUGCAGUGAGGUGUAAAGACAUAGGGAUUUGGUACAACAUUCUCUGUGGAAUCAGCAAGUUCUCUGUAAUUACCAAUGCGUUCGUCAUCUCCUUCACGUCAGAGUUUGUUCCACGCAUGGUUUACCAGUACAUGUACAGCGUAAAUGGCACUAUGAAUGGGUACACAGAGCACUCACUGUCCUACUUUAAUGUCAGCAACUUCCCGCCGGGCAGUGCGCCCACCACUGCCCUCGUCACCGGAGUCUCAAUGUGCAGGUAUAAAGACUACAGAGACCCACCUUGGGACACAGAUGCCUACACCUUCUCUAAACAGUACUGGUCAGUCCUUGCUGCAAAAUUGGCCUUUGUCAUUUUCUUUCAGAACCUCGCCAUGUUCCUCAGCAUGCUGGUGGCCUGGAUGAUACCAGACGUACCGCGAUCUCUAAGGGAACAGCUGAUGAAAGAGAACAUGAUGCUGAUGGAGUUUCUGCUAAAUCAAGACCAAGAAGCACGUGCCAAGUCUCUCUCCCCAAAACGCUCCAUCCCGUGCUUUAACGCCAACAUAGACAUUGUGGUGGAGGCACCACCGGAAGACACAGAGGCGCAACAGGUGGAGGAGGAAAGGGUUGAGAUCAAUUUGAAUCAAACAAGGAGGAGCAGUGACAGUGAGCCAGAGGUUGCGAAGUCAUUCGAAGAAGUUGAAGAAAAUGGACAGGAAACGCGAAGAGGAGAAGGAAAAGAUGAGGCUGGAGAGGUGAAAGUAGGGGAAAUGGAAAAAGAUGGUGAUGUGAAGAAAGAGGAUGGAAACGGAGAAAAUAAGCAAGAGGAGGGAGAGAGAAAAGAGAAAUUAGCUCAAAGAAAAGAAGAACAAAAGGAAGUUGAUACUGAAACAGUGGAGAAGGAGGAUUUCAUUGUGGAUCUGGACGCCCUCAUGAGUGAGCUCGGGCUGUUAGAUGAAGAUCUUUCAUCGAGCACACCCAGAGAUACACAGUUCCCCCGCUCAGAGUCCGAACAGCAAUACCAAAAGGACCAGCAACCCCUGAGCCAUCUAUCAUCCGAAACAGGCUCCGGGUCACAAAUGACAUCAAGGCUAAUUGCUCCUCCUCCCAGAGAGCAAGGCUCGAGGGGAAAGGCCCGCUGUUGCACCCUGCCUUCCCGCAGCAAAGGGGCCGAGGCUCGCUACAGCCUGCCACGGCCGAGCCACUCCACCAGCCUCCCGAGGGCGGGCACACUCACUCCCGCGGUUCUUCUGCACUCCCCGUUGUCAUCUUCAUCCAACCCGUUCCCUCCCAUACGCACACCCGUGUCGCCGCCCGCCGCGCGGUGCCCACCGGCCCAACAGCACAAAGCCCCCAGUGAGCUAUUUGCGUUGGAAGGGCCUCCACCACAGCAGCCGCGCUCCAGGGGCAAAGUCCGGUGCUCCACCCUGCCUCCCCGACACAGAGCCGCUGGACCCGAGGAGCCCUCCACCAAGCCUAGCCAUUCCACCAGCUUGACAAAGCUGCCCCCUCCUUUCCCCCAGUGAAGUGAAAUGCAACACACCAGUAUGAGGAUCGCUGGAAGAUAAGGGGAAGGCAAAAACUGUGGUAGAGGGAGGGAGGGGGAGGACUAUCCAGAUUAGCUUCUCCCAUCUGUGCCUGGAGACCUCCGUCUGACCUUUUUUGUAUUUGCGUAUAUAACACCUGGCAUCUGAAGAGAGACCAUCCAGAUCAACUGAAUGUCCUUUUCAUCCUCUUAAUCUUCAUGGAGAUGUUGCACCACUCAGUGGUUUAGGCCUGACCCGGACAAUUCAGAAAAAGACCCCUUUGAAACUCUCGACAGCAUGCUCGAAAACUUUACCACUUGAACUUCAACCUCUAUUUGCGUUGUUUUUUUAGUUUUUUUUAUUGUGUUUUGUUUUCACAGUUCAAUAGCCACUGCUCCUCUGUUCAUCAGCCCCGCACUUGCAGCUGUGCUGCCCUGUAGACCAGAGAAAGGAAAUAUAUACAGCACAGCUAGCACAACACUAAUGCUUGUAGCUUAUGUUAAUUCUUAGUUGUUUUGUGUACAUAAAAAUAUAAAAUGAUAAUAAAAGGACACAUUUUUGAU